AUGGCCCCCGGACAGGAUGUGCCUCGGCCCCGGCCCCGGCCCUUCUAUCCCCCGCGGUACCCAGUCCCCCAUUUCCGCUAUCCCCGAGCCACCUCUGCUGCCGUGCAUUCAUCUGUUGUUGCUGCCGUGCAUGCACAUCCUCCUAUUUUCUCGCCUGUCGUCCUACCCUCGUCGCCAGAGUUGCCUGAGCAGCUUCCAGACGAGUGCUUCAUGAUGGCUCCAGCUCCGCGACGCGAUCUCCUCGCGAAGGAACACUUCGCUUAUGUCUUCGGCAGCUACAAAACACAGAAUUACUACGAUCCGGGCGCCAAAGGUCCCGGUUUCCAUACCAUCCGCACUCUUGAUUGGAACCCCACUGGCCAGCUCAUCGCAACUGGCUCAUCCGAUCGCACUCUGCGCAUCUGGAAUCCGGAGCGCCCUGCUGUGCGCAAUUCGACGGAGCUCCGGGGACAUUCUGGUGCAAUUGAGAAAGUGCUUUUCCACCCUGUCCGAGAUGCUGAGCUUGCGAGCUGCUCCGCCGAUGGAACCGUGCGCCUCUGGGAUGUUCGUUCUAAGACCUGUAUCAGCCGUUUGGACGUUGGCGGAGAGGCGUUUACUCUCUCGUGGUCUGCCGAUGGUAAAACCAUGAUGGUCGGCAAGAAAGACGAUACCCUGAUCCCGGUCUCUGUUGAGUCGCCUUCGACGCCAACCAUUCUUCCAACUGGAACCGCCGAUGUCUCUCCGCCCGUGCCUAACAUCUACACUGCUCUCGCCCCCCACCCUCAAAGCGUCCAAACCAAUGCGACUAUCUUCUCCCACCAGAUCCCGACACCCGCCUCGCCGGAUCUCUACCUCUUCACCACGACCGGCGAAGGCCGCGUCAAUAUCCUCUCUUACCCCUCGUUCAAGGUCCUGUAUACGCUGAACGCACACACUUCUGCUUGUAUGGCAGUGGCUCUCGCUCCUACGGGUCGAUACCUUGCCGUAGGCGGAAGUGACGCACUCAUUUCGCUUUGGGAUACAACUGAUUGGUUCUGCCGUCGCACUUUGACGAGCGAAAAUGGCGGUGCAGUCAAGGGCGUCAGCUGGAGUUUUGAUGGUCGGUUCAUCUGUGGUGCCAGCGAUGAGCUCGGCUGCGUUGGUAAUGGCCUCGAUAUCUUCCACGCAGAGACGGGCGAUUGCGUCUACACAAUCCCUACCAGUCCUAACUCUGGCAUUCCCGCGGUUGCGUGGCACCCAUCUCGCUACUGGUUGGCGUACUCUACUACCACCGAUGGACCUGGAAGCGGUAGCUCCGGUGGUCUGAAGAUCGUUGGCGCUGCUGGUGGUGGCGGACUGUGA